AUGAAGUACAUCACCGCAAUCAGCAUCCUCAUCACCCUCGCCAGCUCAACCCCAACCUGGCUCCCGAACGACACUCCCGUGAACAGCAUGAAACUGCAAGACGUACUGGGCGUCUACGUCCCCUGCAUGAAGACCUGUGGCAUGACCAGCAUGGGCUGCGAAUCGCAAACCGGGGCCGUGGCCAGCACCUGCACCCACGAUAUGGCGGUCUGCAUGCUGAAUUGUCAGAAAAUGGUUUAUCCUCACCCAAUUGAUGUCAUCACUGAGUGUACUCGUGUUUCUGUUGAUGAGCUGAGCUCUGGUCUGGAUAUUGAUAUGGUCGAGUCGCACUUGAAGGAUUGUGUUAAGAAGUAA